AUGAUAAUUAUAUCAGUUAUCGCUUUUUCUGGGCCAGCCCAAAGUGACGCCAUAAACGGCCUUGGAGGCGGUGGAAUGGCUUCCGCUGAUCUUUGGAAUCUAGCUGAAGCUCUAUUCUAUGCUAUUAUGUUUGUAGUAACCUUAUUCGGUGGCCCGAUUGUCAGCAAACUAGGUUUGAAAACUACACUUGUUAUAGGUAGUAUAACAUUUCCAUUAGAAGGUAUAGCCCUUUACGUAGUAUCUCGAUGGGCCAAAGCUGGACCGUUUCUUGUCGUCGCUGAGGCUAUAGCUGGUAUCGGCAGUGGUUGCUUUUACAUUGCUGAAGCUGGUCUCGUUCUGAGUUUACCAGAAACAAACAAACGUGGUGCAAUGCUGGCUAUCUGGAUUGUUGGCAGGAACUUAGGUCAGCUUGUUGGUGGUGCAAUUAAUCUUGCACUUAAUUCGCAAACAAGCAGUAGUGGAAGUGUUAAUCCAAACAUUUACUUCGUAUUUAUAGCUAUAGAAUGUCUUGGGCUACCAGCCGCUUUGCUGAUUAAACAUCCAGAACAAGUUCAACGUAAAGAUGGUACCGUGAUUAGAGCUGGUGACAAGCUUCCACUAAAGCAAGAGCUAAACAUGCUACUAAAUGGUACUGUAUUAACACCAAUAAUUGGUUUAAUUGCGAUGUUUUCCUUUUAUUCUUUUUUCUAUAUUUCACCAUAUGGAACAUAUCUCACAGAGUUUUUUUCCGUUAGAGCAAGGGCACUCUCAUCACUGAUUAGUCCCACACUUUGCAUUAUUGCUUGUUUUGGAUUAGGUUUCUUGUUGGAUAUGCAAUCGUUGAAUCAACGUUACAGAGCAUACCUUGGUUUCAUAGUUGUCUGCUCAUGUUGCAUUGGCACAUACAUUUGGACGCUCGUAGUUCUGUCAGAUCUUACGAGAACACCAAAUGUGAGUAUCGACUGGUCGUCUAGCGACUAUCCUCGUUCGUUUUUACCAUAUUUCUUUAUACAAUCUGCUGGACCAAUGCAGCAAUCAUUUUGUUAUUGGUUGAUUUCAUCAUUCGGUAGUGAUGUACAAUCAAACACUCGUAUGGGAGGUGUCUUUAGGGCAAUAGAAGCAGCAGGACAAGCAGUCAGCUAUGGGUUGAUGUCUGCAGAUAACGUGCCACUUUGGGCCGGGUUUGGUGCUAAUUUUGGCUUACUUCUAGUUAGCGUUUUUCCAAUGGUAUUUGCGCUCAGAUCCGUUCCUAAGGAAGGUCAGACAAUUGCAAUGUCUCAAGAUGAAGUAGUAGCACAUAACGAGAAUACUGACGAUGCGAGAGAGAAAGACAAGGUUAUUGUGAAGUAA